UGGUUUUGACAAAUGAUUGAACGAAGAUUCCACAAUUUUGAGGAGAUAAAAAAGUUUAAAAUAUUUUUAAAGCCUUGAUCUUUUAUAAUUGUGAAUGGUUAUGCCUGAUUGUUUGUUUGAAUUGAAAUUUUUGAGUUAAAACAUUAGAAAAUGGGUUUUUUAACUAUACUAAAAAAACUGAGGCAGAAAGAAAAAGAAAUGAGAAUACUGAUGCUAGGCUUAGACAAUGCAGGCAAAACAACCAUACUUAAACGAUUUAAUGGUGAACCCAUUGAUACAAUAUCACCUACUUUAGGCUUUAAUAUCAAGACUUUAGAACAUAAGGGAUAUAAAUUGAAUAUUUGGGAUGUCGGUGGACAGAAAUCUUUAAGAUCAUACUGGAAAAAUUAUUUUGAGAGCACAGAUGGUGUAGCAUGGGUAGUUGACAGUGCAGAUCCCCGACGACUUGCAGACUGUGUCAGAGAGUUACAUUCACUUCUUAGGGAGGAAAGGCUUUCAGGAGCUACACUUCUUGUACUUGCCAAUAAAUCAGACCUGCCUGGAGCACUUUCCUUGCAAGAAAUUAGGGAGGUACUAGAUUUGGACAGCAUUAAAACUCACCAUUGGCGCAUAGUGAGGUGUUCUGCUGUGACUGGGGAAAACCUUCUUGAGGGCAUGGAUUGGAUGCUGGAUGAUAUUGCUUCUAGGAUAUUUACACUUGAUUAGUGGCUUGAAAUUUUAUGAUAUAAGUAUGCUUCUAGCCAUGCUAUAGUUUAUGAAUAAAUUUUUGUUUAACAAAUAUUCUAAGCUUGAAUAUUGUUAUUAUAAAAAAAAUAACUUAUCACAAUAGUCUGCAGUAUACAAUAAAACUAACUGACUAAUA